GGGGGAAGCAGACCAGUCAACCCUCUGGCAGAGAUAACGGUGCAGGAAAUAGCCCGGCGAGCAGCACGCUGCUGGGCUGCCUAUAUCGUCUAACUGGGGAUUUUGAUAGAGAAGUGGAUGCCUCUAUGAUACAGCUAAUUCUACAGCGGAGUAUACGGUGUUUACUGUGCACAAGAGGCGCACCAUGGCCGAGCCAAACCGCCCCCAGAGGAAGAUGUCCACUGCUGGGGAGAGUCUGUACAAGGUGCUAGGUCUGGAGAAAGGAGCCUCAGCCGAGGACAUCAAGAAGGCAUAUAGGAAGCUAGCGUUAAAAUAUCACCCAGAUAAAAACCCAGACAACCCGGAGGCAGCAGAGAAGUUUAAGGAGAUCAACAAUGCCAAUUCCAUCCUCAAUGAUGAGACCAAGAGGAAGAUCUACGAUGAGUAUGGCUCCAUGGGCCUCUAUGUGUCUGAACAGUUCGGAGAGGAGAGCGUCAAAUACUACUUCCUUAUGUCCAAAUGGUGGUUUAAGAGCCUGGCAGUGUGCUGUACAUUGUUCACCUGCUGUUGCUGUUGCUGCUGCUGCUGUUUCUGCUGUGGGAAGUGCAAGCCACCUGACGAUGAUGAAAACUACCAGUACGUCAACCCUGAAGACCUUGAGGCCCAGAUCAAAGCUGAGCAGGAUGGAGGUAACACAGUAAUCAUAGUUCAGCCCACAUCCACUCCGGGUUCAGAGGGCCCAGAGAGCCAGCCUGGGGCGCAGACCCAGCCUAUCCCCCUGCCCAUGCCCAUGUCCAUGCCUACACCUGAGCCACAGGCCCAGGCCCAGUCACCGACCUCAACCAGUCCAGUCGGGGAAGAAAACCCCGGAGAGAUGCUACCGGAGUCAAAAUGACUCGAAAGUGACAGUGUGGACGAGCCUCAGCUUGCGGGGGCAGGCAUUCGAGGCCCUGUCGUGAUCCAGCCGCAUUCAACCGCUGCUAGCACCCCAGAGACUGACCAGGCCAAAGCCAGCCGGCCCACCCCGACACCCCAGCCCUGACCCACACCCUGUCCUACCCCGUCACCCCACGGGGCAACACCUAACCCUAAGGUGGGGACCGGGCUCAUAGUCCCGUCCAUGGAGCUCAAAUUAUGGAGGUCUCUUCACAGGAAUUAACCAGCUACCAGUCUAUGGCAGGUGGGUUAAUGUCCAUAAUCCAACACUGAAGGCUCCUUCCAUUUUCCUACCAGCUAGCUCACAAAAUCAGGCCAGGCUAGCUACCCGUUGUUUCUCUAUGGAGUCCCCUCCCACCCUCCAGAUUUUCAGUCAACCCAGCCCAGGCUCGCUGUGACCUGGCUGAUGGUCCACUCAUCCAGGGCUCGGCUCGGCAUCAGUCAUCCAAUGCCAGGACUUCCUACCAUCCUGUUCCAGUUUUCCCAUUCCACCCAGUAAGGACGUGACACUGGGCUAACAGGGAGACAGACACAGCAGAGGCAUUUGGAGACACAAAACCUUCCAAGAACAUCUGCUUAUCUGCAGUCUGGACCAGGGCUGGAAUUAUGUUUUACUGGCUCUUUGUUUGUUUGUAAUCUCUCCCUCUACUUGAGACUGUAUGUUAGCGGCCAGCAGGUAGUGUGUGUGGGACUGUUGGUCCAACCUCAGUCUGAUUCAGAGUGUGUCGUCACUGCUAACAGUCUGAGCCAGAACCUGGAGCUGAGUUUGACAGCAUGAAUCAGGAGCAAAGACAAGGCUUCCUUCCCCGAUGUGCAUGACUUAACUGCCCGGAUGCAUGUCUGGGUGCUACUGUACAGCAUGGGAAAACAACAUACACACACACACACACACACAGAUGGACUGCCUACCUCUACAAACGUGCAGACACUGGUUACAGACAGAGCGUACACACACACACACACACACACACACACUCUUUCUUUCACACCAGCCCCUCAUGCCCAUCUUGUGCCAUCCUGCGCUGAAGAAGCCCCCAGAAUAAACUAUUGACUUAACAGACAAUGACUGACGCCACACCAGUGAAGCCUGUGGAAGAAAAAGAACAUUGAACUUGUUUUUAACAAGACAAUGAUGUAUAGGUCAUUCUUUGUCAAGUUUGUAUUACUGCAUUAUUUAUUUGUUCCAGUCAGUUGUUUUGUCAGACCAAAGCCAACACCGCCAAACCCGCCAUGAGUCCAGUCAGGAUCAUCUCUCCACUCCCAGAAAGACCUGCAUUUCAAUCAAAAUGCCAUUUGCUCACUGAUUUAUUUGUCAUGGGUCUGUGUACAAUAUGCACUUGGUCUAUGCACUUUGUGAAGCUGACAAGGGGGUCUGAAGCAGGUCAUUUUCCAAGGCCAUUUUUUAGUUUAGUUUUGUUUUUGUUUUGUUUUGUUUUGUUUUUUUACUUCUUGGGCCAAGCAGUAGUUCUUUUAUUCAGUCUCUUAGAAUGUCUGCUUCCUUUUUCCAAGAUAGGAUUCAGUCUGAACUACAUAAAUAACAUAUAAACUCAGGCCCAGAUUCACUAAGACAGUAUUGUGAAGGAAGUCUGCUCAUUUCCUUCACCCUGAGUUGCUUGACCUAUGAGUGCUGAGUUUCUUUCUUAUUCACUGAGAAAUGUAUGCAAAUCACACAUUUGUUCAUACCACCCCUGGAAAAGAACACAACACAAGCAAAUAGUCCUCUUCCUCACCAAGUGCAAAAGUAAAAGUCUGUUUCAGCUGUAAGACCAGUCCACCAAAAUGGACCUCUUUGCACUAUUAUCUGGUCUUAUCUACAGUCACUUUCACACCUUUAAUCCAACUGAAUCAAACCCCCUUGGUGCAUUCACCCCAAGUGGUUGUUUGGAUCAUUGAGAACGCCCUAACAAAACCCUGCUGUAUACCAAAUUUUCUAACCAGAGUUCACUUGAAAGAAGCGGUCUCUGGUCAGUUUCAAGCUAAGUCUGCAGCGUGUUAUUUGAAGUGAGAAAGGUAGCCACACCAGUGCUGCCAACUGUGGGAUGAGAAAGGAAUUUAAAACCUGCUCUACCUGGUUGGUCUGCCUCACAGUGAAGUAGUGACAUCAUGACACUGCUGGAGUUUUUCCAGCCUAGUACCAGGAUGUGAUGGCAAUGUGACAGACUGCUAUUGUCACCGAUCAGAGUCGUAUCCAUCUCUCUAUGUUUCUUUAAUCUUACUUUGAUGUUCAGACAGAAGGAGGAUGACUGCCAGAAAUGUUAAGGUCCAUAUCAUUGCUCACAUCCUUACUUACUUUGCUAUCAGAGUGCUAUUGCUUUCAGAAAAAGUGAGAAUGUGCUUUGAUUUUUUAGUGUCAUUACUUUAGUUAAAAGGUAGCUAACAUGUUGACACAUAAGAAAUUUAUUCUUCUUUCUUCUUUGACCAACAAUUUGCAAGCACAUCACUUUGCUCUAUAUGCUGUGGUCCACUUUUAUUUGAGCCCUGUGAAACCUAACCAAACUACAUGAAAAAAGUAACAAUAUAUCAUGUAUGCAAAUAAGACGAUUAGGUGUGGAAGUGACCUAAGAUUCUAGGAUGGAAGAUCCUUUCUCUUGUUUACCUGCUUUGUUAGUGAUAAUUCAAUGAUAGUCAUGAUGCAGUGAUAACCAUUCUAGAUAGACCAACUCUUUCUGCCUCCUGUCAAAAGAUCUUAUUUGCAUUGCAGUAGUUUACAGCCUUGAUUUGCAUGGCCUCCAUUACAAAUAGUUAUGUUGGCACCAAUCAGAGUCAUUACAUAACACAUAUGCAUGACCAUGACAGGUGCAAAGAGGCUUUAUUUUUUGACCAGUGCUACUAGGCAGCUUUCUGCCUAUUGUGCAGGGUCACUGAACAGCAAAGCAUUCUCAUGUGGAGAUGGACUGCACACCCCUCCGAGCACAGACCUUCAGUGAUUCUGGGCCUUAGUGCUAUCUCAGCCUGGAACUGCACGGUGACAUCAACCAGAGCUCCUUCAAAAAGAGAUGAUCCAUAAUCCAGGUUCAUCAAAUAUCCAUGUACCUGGUGUCAGAGAGCUGCAUGUAACUUCACAUUUUGAUCCCCCAAAUAUUGCUGUAACCACACUGUUCAAUGCUUUCAAUUGCCACAUAGAAAUCAGUAAAACACCAUUGAGUUAUACACACUGCCUACAGAGAGAUCACCAAAGGUCUUUUUGGUCAUGGGGCUGUGAGGAAGGGUUACAUUACCAGUCAUCAGUGACAUUUGAUGAAACAAAAGAAUGGCAUCACUUGGAGUUCAAUUACAUCAGCACACCCUCAACAUAUGGUAGGGCAGAGGUGACUGGAAGCUAUGGUCAAGAAUUUUCUUUAAUCCUAACAUCAUGUCUUCCUCUCAGUAAUUUAUGAUGUCUAAUCUCAAUUCAUUAUUUCUGCAUUCCAGUCAGAGUCAGGCGUCAUUGCUUUGAUCCAGGGGAGAAACAUGGAUGCAAGGUUUUCUUUUUUCUCAGCAUAAAAUACUGUCUCCCAUGCAGCAGGUAACUCAAGGUCAAUGAUAUUUGGUAAUGUUGGCUAAUUAGCAGAGAAGGUUAGCAAAUGUAAAUGCAGCUUUACAUGUUGUAUAUGAUUAAUUAUUUUUCACACUGCUGUUUGAUUGGAUUCCAUUGUUGAAUAUUGUGCUACUUAAAGUGCGUUUUGAGAAUUACCAACUCCUAUCAGUAACAGUGGGGUUGAGAAAUCUGGCUCAUGUUUCCUUCUUGCAAUUCCAGUCUGAAAUUCCUGACUUUCCAACAUCCGUGAAGUAAGUCAGAUUUAAAGCAAACUUUCUCAUCCAGAGUUACCGCACGUCUUUGUGGUGGUUGGUUUGUCUCCUUACACCAACUAGUAAAGCACCAAGUUUGCCUAGCCAGGUUUGUUUUUUUUUUAACCAGAACACACUGAGAAAAUACUUUAAGCAAUAUGGAAGCCUAGUUAAACAUUGACCUGUAUAUGUUCUUGAGGUCAACAUGAGUCUAUAUACUGCCACUCAGGUUCACUGGAGAAAGUAGAUCCCGUUCACCAGAUCUACUUUCUCAUUCAACAACUCAGCUGUCAGCAAAAAAAAAAAAAAAGGAUGAAACUCCUGGAAUCAUGUUUGUAUUUUGUUCACACUUUAUUAUGAACUAUGAUUUUUAGAGCUGUUUUGUGAACACAUAUAGACAGAAUAUAGACUUAUAAUGUUCUGCUAAACUUCCAUAUUGCUUUAAGCAUUAUGAUGCCAAUUUUUCUUGGUAAAACAAGGAGCUGCUCCAGAAACAUUUGGUUUCUGCGAGUGUCAGUUUGUUUGAAGAAUUGUUAAGGCUUUUUUUUCCCCUCUAGAAAUCACAAAGUUGGGCUGUGGAGAAUUAUUAUUGUACAGUGGAAAGUCUUGUUGGUUCUUGAUAAAUUGCCAUAGCUUUUAAUUUUUAAAAGGGUCUAUUUUUUUCUCCCAUGAUAAAUGAAUGCCACAGUGUAUCAGGCUGAUGCUAAUGGUUUGUCUUGUGAGUCAGUGUCAGCUCUUAUACGCGUCAAUACUGACAUGUACAUUGCAAUAAAUUUUUAGUGCAGAUUUAGGACCAGCGGCCAAACCCCUUCACCCAUCUGCUAUGAUUUAAAAAACUGGUAUAAGCUUUCCUACUGAGAGAUGUGUUGUGAAUAUGGGCCAUGGAUUUAGUGGCUUUAUCUGAGCUCAGACUUUGAGGGUUUACAUAGAGAGGUCAGCUGAGGUGCAGUUAUCAGUGCAUUUAUCUGCAACCUUUACUGUUAUUGGCUUAUCUGGAUUCUUCACUAUUAAUAUCUAAAAAAAAAAAAAAAAAAUCUUGUAGUGUCCAUAAUAAUCCAGGUGUUUCUUCGUUGUCUUUUGUCUGAUCAUAACAAAUCAAGGCAUUUCAGGGUACAUGUGAUACAGGCUACAGAGCACCGAAAGAAGAUUUUUUUUUUUUUUCUUUUUUGUUUUUAAAUUGUAAAUAAUUCACACAAAACAGCAGAGGUAUUAAAUCAUGCAAAAUAACAUUCAAGAUUCUACAUGAUAAAUGGAAAUGUUUCAAGAAGUCUGUAGUACAGUGUACAUAUAUUGUUGUUUUUUUAGGCUUUUUUUAUUUAAGUCAAAUAGAAAUUUUAAUUUAAACUUGGUGACAGAAAAUGGGGGGGAUGCCUGUCCUUGCCAUUGUACUGAAUUUGAAUUCUCCCUCUCUAGAAGUGGACUGUUAGGUGAUUCCCCGUUAACCAAUGAAAUGCAUUUAAUAAAUCAUGGAAAGUGUACAACUU